AUGUCAUCUCAAAAACCUUUGGUAGUCGUCAGUGGAGCUACUGGUGCUCAAGGAGGAUCUGUCGUCAAUUCUCUGCUUGCAACAGGAAAAUAUAGAAUCCGCGCUCUUACACGUAAACCUGAAUCUGAUAAAGCAAAAGCCCUUGUUGCAAAGGGUGUCGAAGUUUUCAAAGCUGACCUUGCCGUUAAAGAAGAUGUCAAGAAUGCACUUAAUGGUGCUGAUAUCGCAUUUAUAGUCACCAAUUUCUGGGAUUCGUCUAUUUACCCAAACAACACGGCUGAAGAAGAAAGACAAGGUAAAAUGAUUGCUGACGUCGCUAAAGAAGUCGGAUUGAAUUGGCUUAUUUAUAGAACUUUGGGUAUUCCGAACUCCACAUUUAUCUACGUUGGUGUCUAUGCCUCGAAUUUUGGUACAUUUUUUCCAAUUAUUACAAAAGAUGAUGGAACAUCCGAAUUUGUUGUUCCGUUGGUCAAAGAAAACACCACUUUUGAAAUUGUUGACGCUGAAGCCGACACUGGCCCCGUUGUAGCCAAAGUUAUUGAAGAAGGACCAAAAAAGUGGAAUGGAAAGAAAGUUCCUGUUGCUUCAGAACGUAUUUCUUUUGGAAAAAUUGCAGAAAUAUUGACCAAGGUUACCGGAAAACAAUUUAAACUUCGCAGUACCAAUCUCGAAGAAACUAAAAUGGAAUUUCCCUUCUUGGCUAGUGAAGAAUUACUCUAUAUGUUUCGUUGGUAUAAUGACUACGGAGUUUUUGGCUCCGACAAGGAAAUUAGCGACAUUUCGAUUGCUAAAGUUUUACAUCCAAAUAUUACUACUUUUGAACAAUAUGCUUACAAAAAAUGGGGCAAUAAAUGA